AUGGCAUUCGCUGCCCGCCCCAUCCACAACGGCGCUUCGUUCAACCCUCUCUUCCGCCUCAUGGAAGACUAUGACCGGUACUCCAAGAGCGACACCGCCACCGCGGCACCCUCCAUCCAGUGGCAGCCCAAGUUUGACGUCCGCGAGACAUCCGACGCCUACUUUCUCCACGGCGAGCUCCCCGGAGUGAACAGGGACCAGAUCUCGAUCGAAUUCCCUGAACUCCAGACACUAGUUAUCCACGGCAAGUCCGAGAGGACCUACACCAGCGGGAGCGAGAACGCCGACGAUGCCGCCGAGACUAGCUCAAACUCCCACCAAGCUACCGUGGAAGACGAGGCCACAGCUGAUGCUCCCAAGGCCACAGCUGUCGAGCAAAAGAAGCCCGCCGAUACGGCCAAGUACUGGCUGAGUGAGCGGAACAUUGGCCGUUUCUCUCGGUCCUUUACCUUCGGUUCUCGCAUCGAGGAGGAGGGUAUCUCUGCCCGCCUUCAGGAUGGCAUUUUGAGUGUCGUGAUUCCCAAGGCGAAGCACUAUGCGGCUCGUCGCAUCGUUGUCAACUAG